AUGGCGGGGGACGAUCAGGAGGCGGGUGCUUAUUACGAUAGUCAGCCGGAGCAUCCAUCAACGGACGCAGAGGAAGGUCGUCCGUCUCGGGGAUGCAAACCACGUACCUCUCGUGGUCGUUUUGCACGUUCUUCAGAUGGAGCAUCGUGCAAUGCUCCGGGAUCCGGGAGUAGUAGGCCGGGCAAGAGGAAGGGGGCGGAGGAGGACACUUCAUGGCUAGUACGUGACGCUAGGCCAGGUGGGCCGUUGGACGGUAGUGUCAUACCUAGUUUUGGAGGCCACAUAGCGGCACGCGUUUGGGCUGGGGAGGAUGAGAGGACUAUGUUGAAGUGUCAUAACCGGGAGAGGACGUGCAGUAAGCUUCAGGCGUGGUACGCUAGCAUGACACCCGAGGUUCAGGGGAUGGUAGAUGCUACUGGAUUGAGGCACUUGCCUGAGAUCAUGUUUGAGCAUUUGGAUCAGCCGUUGAUCUGUGCGUUUGUCGAGAGGUGGCAGCCCGAUACGAACUCUUUCCACCUCCCUUUUGGAGAGAUUAGUAUCUUGCUACACGAUGUCAGUUCUAUCCUCCAUAUCCCAUCAGAUGGAUGGAUUACAGGUGACUUUGGUUCAUGGGAUGACGUGAAGAGUUCAUGUGCAGAGCUAUUUGGGAUGGAGAGAAGCGCCUUUUUGAAGGCGCAUUGGUCCGGUGGUGGUGUAUUCAUUGAUUCUUUGAUAGAGAGAUGUUCUGCUCCGGAUCGGAGUCCGACCCACCAGUUUCGAGGAUAUAUGCUGACCCUCCUUGGUGCCACUCUAUUCGUUGAUAAGAGUGGUAACCGAGUCCGUCCUUGGCCACUGUCGUUUUUGUCUUGUAGCCCACAGGAUGUGAGCCGGUAUUCUUGGGGUGCGGCUACACUAGCCUAUUUAUACAGGCAGCUUGGCAUAGCUAGUCGUGCUGAUUCAGCCCAGAUUUGA